UUAAAUGUAAGAUACCAUUUGUCUUUUAUGUUUGUUAUUCUAUGUUUGGGAAAAAAAGGAAUAAAAAGAAUUUCCCCCAAAAAAUCCUAGUAUUUCUAUAGUAUUUUUGAUCAGCUGUGGUUUUGCUCCACCAGCAGCCUUUAACUGGGAGAGCCAUAACAAAAGAAAAGGGGUGAGUUUCUUUGUGGAGUCGCCGGAAGCUGCAGGUUGGUGGAGGACAACAGAGGAGGGGAGACCGGACAGCGGACAGAUUAUCCCUCUGGCUUCAUCUAAAACUAUCUGUUUUUACACAUUUGGACAAAAAAUGUCUCUAACCCAGGAAUCCCUGCUGUCUUUCCUGCUGGAGCACGGAGGCAAAGUGAAGAACUCGGAGCUGCUGAACAGCUUCAGGACUCAGAUCAACAGCAGCGAUCCGCAGGAGAAGCAGCACAACAGAGACCUCUUCAAGAAGCUGGUGAACAGCGUCGCAGUGGUCAAACACAUCGACGGGGUAAAGUUUGUGGUGGUGAAGAAAAGGUACCAGGACUUUGUUGUUAAAGAGGCUGGGCAUGAUGACAGUUUCUCCAGCCAAAACGCCAGCUUUUCCUGCACAUCUCCUCCUCGAGUCGAGUCCAUUUAUUCUGACAUUGAGAACAAUAACAUGUGCACAAACUAUUAUGGUGAUGCAAAACAUGCGUCUGCAGGCCAGGAAAGGAGGCAGGUAUCCAGAAGCAUUAGUAGUGCGGAUGAAACUACUGUUAAAGUCCUGAAUAUCUGUGGAGAUCAGGCGAGCAGAGCCUGCAAAUCUGGAGCUGUGUUUGCUGUCAUAGCAGUGAAAUCCCCUCAGAGAGACUCUGCAGCAGCAGCAGCAGCACAGGAUGGAUCACACUCCCAGGUGCAAAAAACCUCAGACAAACCAGUCACCAAAGUUUCAACACCUGCUCUGAGUCCUAACUUUCCAGCUUGUAAGAAGGGUGCACAGGAUGGAUUGCACUCCCAGGUGCGUAAAACCUCAGACAAACCAGUCAACAAAGUUUCUACAUCAUCAUCAGUGCCAACUCUGACUACUAACUUUCCAGCUUGUAAGAAGGGUGCACAGGAUGGAUUACACUCCAAGGUGCGUAAAACCUCAGACAAACCAGUCACCAAAGUUUCUGCACCACUAGUGCCAGCUCUGCCUCCUAACUUUCCAGCUUGUAAGAAGGGUGCACUAAGUGACUCCCAGUGUUGGGCCCAAAACAGACAGCCAGAGGACAUGCAACCCCCAGGCUUUCCCCUGGGGAGGCCCCAAAACAAGAGAGAUGAUGCAAAGUACUCCGAUUCUGUGCCUUUGGAGCCAUUAGCUCAUGAGUGGUUGGUAAAGUGUGCUGCUGGACUGUGGGGACAGAUCCACGCUUUGCUGUUGCAGGACACACGGCUGGCACAGAAGAAAGACUUCAUGUCAGGCUUCACAGCGCUGCACUGGGCCGCCAAGGUCGGCAACAGCGAGAUGGUACACAAGCUCGUGGACGUCUCCAGGAAAAGAGGCACUUGUGUUAACGUCAACUGCAAAGCACACGGAGGAUACACGCCUUUACACAUCGCAGCCAUGCACGGCCACACUGAAGUGAUGGUGUUGCUUGUGCAAAGCUACGGAGCCAGUGUGAAUGAGAGGGAUAAUGAUGGCAAGAAGGCCUUCCACUACCUGGGCACAGGUGUGUCAGAGGAGGUCAGAGCACUUGUGGGAGGACUACAGCAGAGCAGGGAGAAGACAGAAGAUGGAGAGUACAGAGAGCACCCGAAAGGCUUCAACACUAUUAGUAAACUGUUCCAGCCUCACAUAGGGAAGAAACAAAAGACUAAGUUUGCUCAUGACUGGUGAGAAUGGAUCACAUUAUUAAAAGUGUGAUAGAUAAGACUGUCUUAGUUUGUAUAUUAUGUUAAUAUAAAACAAAGUAAACCAACAUUUAUCAUUUAGAUAACUUAAAGGUCUAUAACUGAAUUAUAGUCUCUCAGUACUUAUUGCUGCUCUCUUAUACAGUGUAUUACUGCUGGAUGUACUACUUAUGAAUGGUAUUUAUAAUUUAAUCACCUUUUUUUCUUUAGCUGAAUUCCACAUAUUAACAAUGUUAUUUUGAACCCAUUUGUAUUUAUUUUUUCUUACUAACAACACACACAAUCACAAAGUGAUAUUCACACAUAUUUUCAUUACCUAAUGUGUAAUAAAUCUGUAGAAGUUACGUCUUGAUUUGUGACUUAAUAGUAUGAGGAAAUAUGAAAACAGACCACACCUGGGAAACGGUUGCUAGCAACACAUUGUGUUGUUGAUGUAGGAUGUAGGACUUAUUGCUUUUGUGCACAGCAGAUCAUGUUUUUAUGAUAUUCUGAUCAUCAAAAUUAAAGUUUUCUAAAGCAGAGAAAACAUAGAAGUUGUUUUUUUUACAUUUUGAAAGAGCUUCAGUAAAAGUAAAGUGGACCUUUGUGGGGGCCAGAUAUGCAAAGCAGGCGAGCAGACUGGGUGCUGGAAUGUCUCCUUUAUAAUCUCUUUGUGAACUUGAGCUGUAAUGGAUGAGAAAGGCCUCCCUUUGUGGGACACCAUGGCUUCAUUCUGUGGACUGAUGAGGUAAUAAAACAAAACACAUGAUUUCUCAGAACCGUAAGAAGAAGAAGCCAAAGAUUAAAUUGUAGGGUGGGGUCUAAUUUAAACAGGAAAGACAUAACAUCUUCAAAAACAUUCAUGUUGUCAUUAAUGAAUGAAUGGCCUUUUCACAAAUCCGGCAUGCUGGAAAACAGUAAUCUGCCUUUUUUCUUGUACAGUGUGUCCUUAACUGACUCGGAGAAAAACAAUCCCUGAUGAUAUGAAAAGACAAUGAAGCCAUAAGAAAAACUGUGCCAGAACAAUGUCCUUUGUCUUGUUAUCUGGAAAAAGAAGCUGCUUGCCUAAUGAUCCCGACAAAGGACAGCUGCACUCACACCAACUAUCCAACAUAGCAGACUGCAUUGUGUUCAAUCCACCUACAAAAACUUUUCUUUGCUAGGCAACUGAAAUACAAUAAAAGGAAAUCUACCACAGAAAA